CGUCACUUCCGAGGCGGUGCGGGGAAGAUGGCGGCUCCGCGGUGGGACCUGGGCCCGGCCCGAGAACCGCUGGGGCUGAUCCGGGCCCUGCAGGGGUUUUUCUCCGUCUUCGCCUUCGCCACCCUCGGGGGCUUCCAGGGCUCCGUCAGCUUCCACCUGAGCUGCGCCGGCAGCCCCAAUAUCUCCGUCAGCGCCCCCUUCGCCUACCCCUUCCGGCUGAACCUGGCCACCUUCACGCCCUCCCUGACUGCGCUGUGCAACCGGACGUGGGCCAGGGACGUGCACCUGGUCGGGGACUUCUCGUCCUCGGCCCAGUUCUUCGUGGUCGUGGCCGUCUUCUCCUUCCUGUACAGCCUGGGCGCCCUCCUGCUCUACCUGGGCUACCUCCACCUCUACCGCGGCGCCGGGGGGAAGCUGCCCCUGGGGGACUUCCUGGCCACCGCUGCCUUCUCCUUCCUGUGGCUGGUGGCCUCCUCGGCCUGGGCCAAGGCGCUGACGGACGUCAAGGCCUCAGUGGCGGCUCCCCUGCCCUACUGCCACCCCCCGGCUGUGAUCUGCAGCCGCGACACCACCACCCCCAUGGGCACCCUCAACGUCUCUGUGGUCUUCGGCUUCCUCAACCUCAUUCUUUGGCUCGGCAGCUCCUGGUUCGUUUUCAAGGAGACCAAUUUCCACACCCCCCCAGCACCCAGCACCCCCAGCACCAUGUAACCACCACCACCUCCUGCAGCUGCA